AUGAGCGGCGACGAAAGCAUCAAUGGGCUCGCGGGCGGCUUCACCGAGUCUCUAGCAGAGGCCAACAUCGCUGAGCCCAAUUUCACGGCCGACAGCCCAACUAGCUACGAGAACCUGACGGGGGACAUGUUCCUCCGUCGACAAGAGCUUCUCGACAAGAUUACAGACCUGCGGUAUGGUAUCUUGUCCAAGAGCCCAGCGAGAGCAUCUUCAACUAUGUGCACACUGCCGGGUUCGACACUCGUGCAGAUCUGCUGCUCUGGCAAAAUCCGCCGGUCUAAGUGCCCUUGUCUCGACGGUUGUCGACACGCCGGGGCGCCCAUGUUGGCCACGAAUCGCGCCCUGGAGCUGUAUGCUCGCGGAGAGCCUACUCUGACCAGAGAUAUGGACAAGACUGCGUUCGCUGUGUACCAGAGCGGCGGAACAAUCGGAAACUACAAAACCCCGUGGGAGUUCAUAGAGAGUGACGGCGAGGGCGAGCGUAAAGGAUGGCGACAGAGGAACUUUGUCGAAUUCAUGCGCUAUCUCGGAGAAAUCUUCCGUCUGGAGUCGCCCCAGCCCGUCCAGGCCGACAUCUACCUGAUCAAGCUCAUCCUGCACGACUGGCCCGAUGAGGAGUGCGUCAAGAUUCUGCGUGGGCUCGUACCGGCCAUGCGGCCUGGUGCACGCGUCUUCUUCCUCGACUACGUGGGCAAGCAGGAGUCCAGGGACCCGUCUCCCAUGCCAACAUCGAUACAGCGGAUGGGCACAGCUACUGAUUUGAGAAUGAUGGCGCUCUUCAACGCCGAGGAGCGCCCUGCAGAGGCAUGGCAGGCGAUUUCAACUCUGCCGAUAGCCGCUUCGACCUUGUUCGCCUGGAAGCUAUAA